UUGAUAGCUAUCUUGUACGGAAAAAUAUUUUCUGCUUUCUGUCCUCCUAUUUGAAAAGUUUUUUGUCCAAAGAAACGUCUUGCCACCAGAUCUUAGUUGGUUGAUUGUGAAGACUAGACUACAACGCUUUUAAGGAUCCGCUACAUGAGUCUCAAAACAAAUGUAACUUAAUACAGGGGUAAUCAUUUAACACGGCAAUAAACUGGGAAUGUUGAAGCAAAGAACACAAAGAGCGCCUCCAAGUGGUAAAUAUAGCCUAUACUUAGCAAGAGAUAUUUCUUUGGACCGUACAGGAAAGAGGAGGAAGUCAAUUUUAACUGGCAUUAUAGGCUAUAGGCUACUCAGUUUUGAAAACCACAUUUUCAUUUUUAUAUAAGAUUUAAAAUGCAGGCUAUAUCUCAAUGACAAGGAAUGUGAGGUCAGUCCGGGUUGCGUCCAUUAGUCUCAGAAACAGUGCAAAACGUCUUGGCAAAUAAAGGCUAUAAAGCAUUUCAUUUUAAUCUUUCCCGUUUUUAGCAGGCUAUUGGUCUGGUGUUUGAGUCUCUGUGUACAAGCAGCUUUGGGUCUUGUUGAUGAAGACGCUUGGUCUGACACGGGGAUUUUGGUUCAAGACAUUAGAAAACCAAUUCGAUGGUAAUAGUACGUUCGAAUCUAAUCGAGUAUGCAUGCCCGCUUCCGCCAGUGUCUCUCUAUCACUAAACUGCGUUCGUGAAGGAUUUCAAGUGAAGUAAAGAGCGUGUGCGCGAAUUUGAAGUGCAGUGCGUGAUUUAGUGUCGCAGAAAGCAAUCCAGACAUGGAUGCAACUCCAUUAGUGAUGAGACUUCUUAUUCAGUUGCUGUCCAUGGUGUCCGUCGGGGCACUGGUUGUUCCACUGAAUAACAUGUAUGGUAUCAUCCGGUCACCGAACUUCCCAGAACCAUAUCCCAAGGAGUCAGAGCUCUGCUGGAACAUAAGCGUCCCGGAAGGUUUCCAAAUUAGACUUUACUUUGUUCAUUUCGAUUUGGAGCCGUCCUAUCUCUGUGAAUAUGACUGUGUAAAGGUGGAGGCGGAAAGGGAGGAGCUAGCUGUGUUCUGUGGCCGAGAGAACACAGACACUGAGCUUGUUCCAGGGGAGCGAGUCAUCACCUCACCCAAGAACUCUCUCAGUGUCUGUUUCAGGUCGGACUUCUCCGAUGAGGAGCACUUUUCUGGUUUCCAGGCCCAUUACAGUGCCGUAGACGUUGAUGAGUGCAGAGACAGGAACGAUGAGGACUUGGUCUGUGACCAUUUCUGCCACAAUUUUGUGGCAGGUUACUACUGUUCCUGUCGCUACGGUUACCUGCUGCAUUCAGACAACAGGACCUGUCGAGUCCAGUGUAGUGACAACGUGUUCACUGAGCGGUCAGGAGUGCUGGCCAGCUCUGACUUCCCUAACCCCUACCCCAAGAGCUCGGACUGCCUCUACCGCAUCCAGCUGGAGGAAGGAUUCCUGCUUGUACUGGAGUUUGACAAAACCUUUGACGUUGAGGAUCACCCUGACGUUACUUGUCCCUAUGACUACAUCAAGAUCCAGGAUGGACAGAAGGAGUUUGGACCUUUCUGUGGUGGCCAGUCACCAGGCAGGAUCCAGACAGAGAGCAACAAGGUGGAGGUGUAUUUCCACAGUGACAACUCUGGGGAGAACAUUGGCUGGAGGAUGACAUACACCUCUGUCGCCAGCCAACAGUGUCCAGCCCCUCCUACACCUCUCCACGGCCAGCUGAACCCAACCCAGGUCCAAUACUCUUUCAGAGAUCAUAUCCUGGUGACGUGUGACCCUGGUUACAGUCUGUUUAAGGAUGGAGAGGAGCUGAGUCACUACCAGAUAGAAUGUCAGAAAGAUGGCAACUGGACUAGCAGUCUUCCACAGUGCGAAAUAGUGGACUGUGGAGCUCCAGAGAAGGUUGCCAUGGCUGACGUGACCUUCGAGAGCCCAGACAGUGGCACUCAUUAUGGGUCUAAGAUUCAGUACAGCUGCAGGGCCUCCAUGUUGCAGAUUCACCCCAAGACUAACAGCACUUAUACCUGUGGGGAAAGGGGAGAUUGGAUCAACGUAGAACUUGGAACCAAACUCCCUACCUGUAUACCUGCGUGCGGGGAGCCAUCACAGCCCUUCCCUGCCCAGAUGAAACGCAUCGUUGGCGGGCGCAAUGCAGUGUCAGGCCUCUUCCCCUGGCAGGUUCUGUUGACUAUAGAUGAUGUGUCUCGUGUGCCGGAGGAUAGCUGGUUUGGCAGCGGUGCACUUCUCUCUGAGUCUUGGGUCCUCACUGCCGCCCACGUGCUGCGUUCUCAGCGCCGUGACGCCAGCGUGGUGCCCGUGGCGCCUGCACACAUUCGCGUCUACCUCGGCCUCCACAACGCAAGUGCCAAAGACCAGGCCGUAAACCGCUCCGUGGAGCGGAUCGUCCUCCACCCCAACUUCAACCCCCGUAACUACGACAACGACAUCGCCCUGGUCAAGCUGAGCCACGUGGUCCCGUUCAGCCAGCUUGUCCGUCCCGUCUGCCUUCCCCCUCCACAGGAUAAGGGACACCACGCCCCGCCCCUCAACACCCUGGGGCUGGUGGCAGGCUGGGGCAUCUCCAACCCUAAUGCCUCGGACACGGGCCUGGUGGCAGACGUUUUGCAGUACGUGAAGCUGCCGGUGGUGGCUCAGGAGGAGUGCGAGUCGAGCUACGCCUCGCGGUCUCUCAACUACAACAUCACCGACAACAUGUUCUGUGCCGGUUUCUACGAAGGAGGCCAUGACACCUGCUUGGGGGACAGUGGAGGGGCCUUUGUGAUGGAGGACCCUGAGGGAGGACGCUGGGUGGCCCAUGGACUGGUGUCCUGGGGGGGCCCAGAGGAGUGCGGGAGUCAGAGAGUGUAUGGGGUCUACACCAGGGUGGCUAAUUACGUAGACUGGCUGCACGCUCACCUGGGGACUGGAUCUUGGUGGUGAGGUAUUUACCCCUGAUCUCCUCUGUACACUCCUCUGACUCAGAACAAGUCACUUUUACACGCUUUUAUAUUCUGAAAUAUAUUGUCACAAGAAAUCACUAUGCAAACUGUACUGUAAAUUAGCUUCACAGGUUGGGGUUAAAUGUCGAUGUGAGCUAUGUAUAAUAUCUGUCAAACGCUAAUACUAUUACAAAAUACACAAAACACUUCAUGUAUAAAGCUUAAAAGAAUAUCUAAAGAUGUCAUAGACAGCUCCACUGCUGUCAAAAGCCUUCUAUAUUCAGCCCAGCGUUGCUACCAACAACUAUACUAUACAUAACCUGUUAUAAAGCAAUGAAUUUAAUAUGAAUCCAAAUCCAUGUUUGAUUAACCCCAAAUCAGACAUUUCCCAGUGUUUGUAAUAUGGGUUCCUCCAAAAUGGUCUCUUCUGAGAAACCACCUUACGUACACAAGGUAAUACAUUUCCAAGACCAUCAAUAAAGUUUGUAUUUACUUAUA